GUUAAGUGAGAAACGCAUCGUUUCAUUAAAUGGCCAAAAACGUCACAGCUUUCAUAUCUUUUCUUCAUCUAUUUUCAGAAUCCCCAAAUCGAAAAUUUUAGGGUUCUUGCUUGUUCUCUCCAACUUUUCUUCAGUCCUCUUCGUUCAUUGUAAAGAGAUUGAUAGUAGGAGUCAUAACCACAAUGGAUUUAGGUCGUGGAAUACCCAGAAAGUGUCAGUGUGAAUCAUUGACAAUUAUGUUGAUUUCAAAAACAAAAGAGAAUCCAGGAGGAAAAUUCUAUUGAUGUGGAGCUAUCUUUGGUCAUGGCCAUAUGUUUUAAGUGGCCAGAUGGAUGAAGCACAUAUGGAAGAGUUUGAUCUUGUGGCUGAAAAACAAGCUACCAUAGAGAAAGAAUUAAUGGAGCUGAAGCAAGACCUUGAUUUGAAGAAAGACGUAGGAGAGAUUAUUGUGGUCUUGGAGAGUAUUAGAGCUAAGUUUUAGAAGUGUUGUUGGUUUAUUUUGAUCAAAUUGUUAUUGUUAGUUGUUGGUGGUGUAUGAUUCCUACCUUGUGUGUAUCUUAUGAGUUGUUUGUAUCUUAUGCUCAAGUUGUUGCUGUUAACAUUUUUUCAUUUAUUAUCCACAAUCAAGUCGUUAAGUCACAAAAAUACACAGAAACAUGAAAAUUUUCUCAUAAACCUAAAACUUACAAAAAAGCAAAAGAAGAGUAACAUGGUGUCGAGACAAAAGCAGGUUCUUAUGACCUUGAAACACCAAAAACCUGAAACUCUUUCACUUUUUUUUUUCCUUCAGUUUGUCUCACGAUUCCUUCACCGUUCCUUUUCAAUUUCGAAACAGAAUACACAAAACAGAAAAGAACUCUCCAAAUCUCUCUGAAUUUUGCCCUCUCCUGAAUCUCACUAUGGAAACUUGAAAACCCCAGAAUUUGAUAAACAAGGGUUCGUCAUCGGUCGUUGUCGUAUGUCUUAUGAUAACUUUGAGAUUUUUUAAAAACACUUAGGAUUUUUACAGAGGCUUUAAGUCCUAUUCCUAAACUACAUGCCGUGUUUUAAUCUAAUGUCAUCUUAUUUAAUUAAAAAAAUCAUGUAGUUUACGAGUAAUCAAAACACAGCGUAUUGCAUAAACGGUAGAAUUAACGGAGGGUUUGAUUUGUUAAGAAAACUAACUUGAGGGGUUUAUUCAUUGAAUCAAUACUUGAGGGGUUUUUACCCGAAUGAAACAUAAUUGAGGGGUUUUUACGUUAAAAACCCUAAAUUAUAUUAGACAAAAAAAUUUAAAAACAAAAUAUAUACCCGCCCUCUCGAGGGCGGGUCAAUAUCUAGUUGUACUUAAACCAGCUGCAAUGGUUCUAAAAGGAUUCAAAAUAUAUAAUCACUCUAAAAUAAGACUUAUAUCAUGGUUAAAAAGUUAAAAAAAAAACCAUAAAAAAAGUCAUAAUACACAUUUACUAUAUUUCUUAAAAUUUUAAAACAUACAUUGCUUCAAUUAUCAGAUUUACUAAUUUUCCAAACUAGAUACGCGCGUUAGUAGUCGUAUGUAUAUCUUUUUACAAUUUUGUCUUUUGUAAAUAUCUUUAAUCUUCUACGGAUAUGUUUACGGAAUAAACAGUUGAAACCCUAGUUGGGAAAACUUAAUAAGCAAAGUAGUUAAUCUGAAAGUAAAAGACCCUAAUGGCUAACCAGGAGAAGCUUCCGUGGGAUUUGACUGAAGAGAUCCUCUCUUGUGUCCCUCCUGAAUCUCUUGUCCGGUUCAGAACCGUCUCCAAACAAUGGAACGCUCUUUUAAGCGACAAGACGUUCAUCAAAAAACACAAGACCAAGAUGACGUAUCGAUUCAUCUUAGCAACCAAAUCCAAGAUUUAUUCGGUAAGUGUCAAUCCAAAGAUCGAGGUGCAUGACUUGAUGUUAGAUGUUCCUGAUUUAGAACCUCAUGCGUUACCUAGACGCUUGAUGGAUUGCGAUGGGCUUUUGCUAUGUGACAUGGGUAAAAGAGGCAUGGUUUCGAACCCAUGGUUAAAACAGACUAGACGGGUCGAGCACGAGGGUAACCAUCAAAGUUUUGAUUUCAGUGGCAUAGGUUAUGAUGAUGAUAAUGGUUACAAGACCCUUGGGACUCAUCGAACGGAACUAGAUCCUACAAAGACAUUUUGGAAAACCCUUGAUUUUUCAUCCGAUGCAUGGAAGGAACAAAGAGGUGUGAUGAAGUCUAGUGGUAGUAGUAGUAGUCCUAGUACUACUGAGGAAGGUACAACUGUAAUUACUUUUCACAGUACCAGUGGUGUGUCUUUGAAUGGAACUUGGUAUCGUGUUGCUUCUUAUAACGAAACCAAGUACUCGUACUUCAUAGUUAACUUCGAUUUUACUAAGGAAACAUUCAACCAAUUUUGUGACCUGCCAUGUGAGGAUAACAAGCAUGAUGAUGCUCUUGUUCUUAGGGUAUUUAUUGGAGAUCGGUUUUCGUUGUUAAAGCAAUCACAUCUAACAAAGAAGAUUCAGAUUUGGGUGACCAAGAACAAGAUUCAUAAACGGGGUGGUAGAGAUGUGGAAUGGAUGAAUUUCAUGGAAGUGUCGAUUCCUAACUUGCCGGAUUUGGUACAGCCAAGUUACUUCAUCAACGAUAAGAGGCUUGUAGUGUGUUCUUGCGACACAGAUGGCCAAGCUUUGAUCUAUGUUGUGGGGAACAAUAACUUGAUCAGUAAAACCAAAAUAGAUCUUGUUGCCGAUUUUUGGCCUUCGCAUUGCUCCUUAAUUCCCAGCUUGGUCUCGGUUCCUGGAGGUAAAAGAGAAGAAGCAGGAUGACUAGUUUAAUCUCAUUACAUCCAGCUUCUUGUUUGGUUCUUGAGGAAGGUUCGGUUGAUUUGGUUUUGUUGUUUUCAUUAACAACCUUCUUUGUUGGAAGUAGAGAUUUUGCUAAAUUUCCUUUUUGUUUUUGUUUUGCUUUUAUUUUCUCAGAAUGGUUUCUUUUAUAAUGUUUUGGAGCAAACUAGGUUAUGUUUAACGAAUUCUGUUUAACUCGUGGUUUUGACU